UCAUAUUUAUGUUUACUUUACAUGAAUUAUUAAUCAACAUAAUUUGUAUGAAAUCAAUAUGUUGACUGUGAAUAAUUUUUUAUGUUGCUGUAGACUUGAGACUGGCGGUUUAUUCAUUGGCUGGUUUUACUUGACAUGUAACAUUGUGAGCUUCACUCUAUCAGUUGUUGCGUUCGUCAGAAUAUUUUUAAUUGACUGCAAUGAACUUCAAAUUGAAACUCAUUCUGGAACAUUAACAAGAAGUCAAUGUAUCACAUACAAAUUAGUUUUGCUGGGUUUAGCUUCGAUUAUAACAAUUUUGUGCAUCUUAUUUGUUUACAUUUCUUACUUGUGCAUCAAAGGAAUAAAAGCGCGUAAUCACAAUCAUGUCAAACCAUUAAUGAUUUUAAUGGCAGUCGGAUCGUUUGUUUCUUUCGUGGGAGUAUUAAGCUUUGAAAUAGUUGUCAUAACAUCGUCUCUAGUCAGUGGAUCAUUUUAUUUGUACCUUUUUAUUGUUCUUUAUUCACUUCAAGAUGUAUUCAGAAUUGAGAAAGAGAGAGGAUUUAGUACGGAGUAUCAAGCACCUCAUCCAAAUAUUUGAGUGAAUCACUCCGCACAUACAAGUGAAGAUUUC